UUUGAAAGAGUAUGAGAUGCGGGGCGGGGCUGGCCUGGCCCCACAUGGCCGCCAGCCCCGCCGCCACCAUGGCUCCGAAGCUCGAGGAGAUACUCAACAAGCUCCUGGUGGCAGACAACGCUGUCAUUCAAGAAGGAACAAAGGAACUGGGAGAUGUGUUGAAGACGCCUGGUGUUGUUGGGGAGUUGUGUCAGGUGAUGGGCACGUCCACUGCCCCACAAGUCAGACAGUAUGCAGCAGUCAUUCUUCGGAAGCGGCUUGGCAAGAGCAGACACUGGGUGAAGUUAGAGGCUGACGUUAAGAAUGGAAUCAAAGAAGGAGUGCUGCAAGCCUUGAUGAGGGAACCUGAGAGCAGUGUGCGAAAUGCCAUCGCUCAGUUUGUUGGUGUCAUUGCCCGCCAUGAACUUAGUUCAGGAAACUGGCCUGCACUUUUGCAGUUUAUAGAACAAAUGAUUCAGUCCCAGAAUACUCAGGAAAGACAGCUUGGUGUGUACGUGGUGAGUGUUGUGAGCAGUGUAGCUGGGGACCAGCUGCUGCCUCACCUGCGUCACCUACUACUCCUGUUUUCAGCUACCCUAGAGGACACAACAUCCCCUGCUGCUUUCCAUACGAUCCAGGCUCUUACCAACUUUGCUCCUCUCGUUGGGCAAGAUAAUAUGAGUGAGUUCCAGGCACUGCUUCCCAAGGUACUGGUGGCCAUCAAGGCAAUGUUAAGUCAGGAGGAGGACCAGGCAGCUGAAUCCAUGGAGCUGUUUGAUGUCUUGGCAGAGUGUGAGGUUGCCCUACUGGUGCCUCAUCUGCGACCAGUCAUUCAACUGUGCCUGGAUAUUAGCGGAGACAAGAAUCUGGGAGAGAGUGUGAGAGUAAAGACCAUCACCUUCCUCGGUUACAUCACGAGACUCAAGAAAAAGUAUAUACUGAAGAACAAGCUGGUGGCACCUCUGGUAACUGUCAUGUUUGGUGUGGCAUGCAGUGAGAGUGAAGAUGAUUCAUGUCUUGGUUUCUUUGGGGGAGAAGAAGGAGAGGGUGGCAGCCCUGUGCAUGCUGCUGCCCAGACUCUGGACGCCUGUGCUCUCCACCUGCCUCCGGACAAGCUGCUGCCUUGCUUGAUGAGCCAUGUUGAACCAGCCCUUAAGAGUGGGAACCCUCACCAGGUGAAGGGAGCCUAUUUAGCUCUGGCCAUGGUGGCAGAGGGCUGUGCUGACACCCUGCGUCACAAACACCUCCACCCUCUCCUGCAGUGCAUCUGUCAUGGCAUCACCAGUGAGAACCAAUUGGUGCGUAAUAGUGCAUUGUUUGCCUUGGGUCAGUUUGCCGAGCACCUGCAGCCUGACAUCAGCAAGUAUCAUGCUGAAUUGCUUCCUGUUCUUUUUGACUACUUAACUCAGAUUUGUGUGGUUGUGGGCAAUGGAGGGAGUGACCCGCCCGGUGUAGACCGUAUGUUUUAUGCUCUAGAAGUGUUUUGUGAGAACCUAGAAGGGGAGCUUUUGCCUCACCUGCCGGCCCUCAUGGAACGCCUCUUUGCUGUGUUGGCAGCUCCCACCUCAGUGCACAUGAAGGAGCUGUCCAUCAGUGCCAUAGGGGCCACUGCUAAUGCUGCCAAGGAACACAUGUCGCCGUACUUCCAACAAAUAGUGGAGAUGCUCAAAGGUUAUCUCACAGUUGACCAAGCUGAUGAAACCAUGAGCCUUCAGGUCCAGUCAUUAGAUACACUCGGUCAGUUGGCCAGAUGCAUGGGUGUUGAGAAUUUUCUAGUCUAUGCACCAGACUGUGUGAGCUUAGGGUUGGGGCUCAUGGAACGUAAGGAUGACCCAGAUGUUCGCAAGACAUGCUACUUGUUGUUUGCAUCUCUAGCAUCUGUCAUGAAAGGGGACAUGGCAAUGCACCUUCCGAAGAUCAUGGAGCGCAUGAUGCUGUCUCUAAGAAGCACUGAUGGAGUUGUAACCCACUUCAAAGAUGAUGAAGGAGGCCUACCAACCACCAUUGAAGGAUUAAGUGAAUCAGAGGAGGAGGAAGAUGGAGAAGUGGACUUACUAGCCAACGAAGAAACUGAAGAUGAAGAUGUAGCGGGAUAUUCUGUUGAAAAUGCCUUCUUGGAGGAGAAAGAAGACACCUGUGUUGCCCUCCGAGAGUUGUCUUUGCAUUGCGGGGAUGCUUUUCUGCCCUACAUGGAUAAGAGUGGAGAGGAAGUUUACAAAAUGCUCAACUACCCUAAUGAGGAUGUUAGACAAGCUGCUGUUGGUGCUAUGGCUCAAUUUGUGAUCAGUCUUUCCAAGAGUUCUGCUCCUGAGGCUGCUGAAGGUUUCAAGAAAUGGAUACAAGUAUUUAUUCCCAAGCUGUCCGAGUUGAUUCGCACAGAUGAAGAGCGGUCAGUUGUAAUGGCCUGUUUAGAAGCCUACGCUGAGGUGCUGAAGGAGGUGGGCGCUCCAGUGCUUGUGCCUCAAGGCCACCUGGAAGCUAUCAUCAACUGUGUCAAAGAUGUCAUGCAAAAGAAGACUAUGUGUCAAGAUAUGGCAGAUGAGGCUGGAAGUGAAGAUGAAGGUGAAGCUGAACAUGAUGAGAUGCUGAUUGAGUAUGCCGGGGAAGUCGUUCCAAGCUUAGGGAAAGCAAUGAACCAGACAGAGUUUGCCACUCAGUUUGCUCAGCUCCUUCCACUUUUUGCAAAUAAAACGAAAACGAGUUGCAGCAUUGCCGAGCGUUCCUUCAGCUUGGGAACACUGGCAGAGUCUGUCGAGGCUCUGGGGACUGUCAGUGGCCAGUUUGUGCCUCAGCUGCUGCCACUGUUCAUGCAGGGGGCUUGUGACGAGGAUGAUGAAGUUCGCUCCAAUGCCAUUUACGGCCUUGGAGUCCUUGGUCAGCAUGGAGGAGAGGCCAUCCUGAGCCAUUACAAUGCCAUCUUAGCCGUGUUGUCAAGAGCCCUCAGUAAGGAAUCCUUUCCCCGUGCCUUGGACAAUAUUUGUGGAGCAGUUUCCAGACUCAUUACUGCAAAUCCAACUAAUGUGCCUUUGGAGCAGGUGUUUCCCGUUGUUCUUGGAUGUUUACCAUUGCGAGAAGACUUUGAAGAAAAUUCAACUGUCUUUGAGUGUUUCCUGAAGUUGUAUCGCGGACAGCACUCAAUUCUUGCUCAGAACUUGGUCCCUGUCCUGCGUCUGGCUGCCCUUGUGUACUCUACUAAGCAAGCAGAUGAAAAAACCAACAAGUUGAUUCAAGAAUUGGUCGGCAGUGCAAGUCAGGAUUUCUCUGAACAGUUUAAUUCCUUGAUGCAGAGCUUGGAACCCGAGAUUGUGGCACGGCUACAAGCCGCCCUGGCAGCGGCACCCCCGCCAGCAUCACCUGCUUCAUAGUGCUGCAUGGUAUUUUUAAUAAUUUAAAGGACAUUUUAUUAUGCAUUUUUGGAAAUCUACAUAUACUGUUAGAUUUAACCUGCAGCUACUAGAUUUUCUUAUCUUUUUUCCAUUGAUGUGCUUUAAGUACUUAGUGCAGUAUUGGUACUUUAAUGUCUACAGAAUGCUUCAGGUAGUGCCUUCAUCAGUUAGGUAUGGUUGAUUAUCUUUUAUAUUAAACAUGAUUUGUGGCAUAAGAUUCUUCAUGACAAGAGAGAGUGCUGAUACAAUAUUUCCAAACACUGGUUUGUGCUGUCACCACCUGUUGAGGUCUGCCUUAAAUUAAAGGGCACACACCUACCAGUGUUACAAAGUAGAAGUUGACAAAAGGGAUGAGAAGUGACAGCAAUAAAUCUUUUUAACUGACUAUGUCAGGCUAGCUGUAUGCAUAAAACCCUUGAUACAGCAAAGUGAAUGGUGGGAACACAAUAUCUGAAAAUUCAUUAUAGCAGAAGACUUACAUAUGUCACCAUAGAUGGUUAAUAUAAGGGAGAUGGUCAGUAUCUGUCCCAGCAGAAUGAGGUCACUAGUAUCUCAUCCACCUCCAUCAGCUCAAACUUAAGUCAUGCAUGAAGUCCACUCACAAAUGGACCAAAGAGGAAUGCAGCUCCUGCCUUACAGAAAAUCUAUCCACAACAGGAGGGUUCUGCUACAUAAGCAUUUGUUAUACAAGUGAUGCAUGAUUCAAGGAAAGUAAAUUUAUGACUCAUUUUACGAAUCAUCCCAAAAUAAAAUUAAAAGGUGCAGAAAAUUAUGGGUGGCUGUGCAGGCCACAUGAGAUGCCAAAUACAGGUAAACCUCUUUAUGAAUGUUCACACAACGAAAAUUUGUUUUACUGGACAUCGCACUUUACUACCCUUCACUCACUUGACUUCACCCCGCCCUUCUAGUGAUUACCGGCUGUUUGUAUAUUUAAGGACCGUGGGCCUGCCAUAAGCUUCCCAAAAGCAUACAAGAAAACUGUCCUUUUUUCCUAUGGGAAAAAAAUAGGUUUUUUAUUUGACAAUUUUGUCAGUUAAUCACUUUCUAUGGAAUGCAACCCUGUCAGACAAGCAUGGGUAUCCUGUACUGUCUUGAGUGGAGUGUCUGGUAUCUUGCUCUAAGUGCGUGUGUCGGGGAGGUUGGGUGGAUAGGGAAGGAUAGGUGGUUCAAGUGGGGUGUGCCUCGUGCCUAUGAUCGGGUACUGGGCAGGGGUGGGGAGAAGGAAGGUGAGGGGAGCGUGCUUAGUUUUAACUUUCGAUCCAGCUCCACCAUCCACUUAAGGGAACAACUGGAGCAUCAGAAGGGGCUUGAUUAUUUCUGGCUGGGCCAAAUAAAUGAAUAGCUGGGCUUACUGAACUAUAAGUGACUGGAUUACUGGAUUUUUACUAUGUAAAAGUUAAAUAAAUGAUUACUUAGUUUUGAAACUAGAAGCACUUAACAGACUACAACACUGUUUUGCUGUUGCUACAAAACUUGGCAAUCUGUCAAUAUGAAAAGUACAUCGAGCAUAUGCAAAGGGCAAUGGAACUGUGUCCAUUUGUUUCCCACCUUCUGCUGACUGGAGUACUACUCUUGGAUGAUUAUUAUUAUUAUAACCAUCACUAUCAUUUCUCUAGUACUAUUUUUUGUUAGGUCCUUAUAUCAAGAGGUUUUGGACGACUUGCUUAGCAGGAUCAUUUGAACCCUAAUUGAAGAAAAGUCUGUUACAUCACUGUGUGCACAUACACAAAAUUAUGUAACUGCAGGAAUAUGCUUCACUCGCUCUGCAUUUUCUUUUUCUUUAUGUAGUCGGUGAUAAUUAUUGCUCCAUAAAAAUUUUAGAAUGACAUGGCACUUGUCCCGAUAGCCUACUGCCAGUCCUUAUCCGAGAUGCGGGACUCACAUAGCACAUGACAUGGCCAGACAGGAAUGGUCAGGUGCUUUAUCUGAGCAGAGUUUGCUUUAUGAAAUACAUUUCAAUAGACUUAAAGGGUUUGUUAUAUUUGUACACUCUGUUAAAGUUAGUUAUAUCAAGGGUUUAAUAUGCUUCAAAAUAAGUCAGCUCAUUGUACAUAGGUAUGCAAUCAAAGGUGCUGUUAGCCUACUCUCUUUGGAGUGGGGUAAGCAGGUAUGGGGCAGAACUUUAUUACAGUUAUCACAUCAGUGCUUAUCAAAAUUUAUUGCAUUGCAAUUUACAUGACAGUCAAGAUAUUGAGUCCAGAACUGUAAUUGUUAUUAAAGAAAUUUUAAAUGUGAAUGAAUUUGGCAUCAUACCCAUGAUUCUGCUAUUCAUUAUUUCUUACCAACUACCAUUUUUAAGCGGUUAAUUUAACAGGUGGCUUAAGAGCUUUGAGGUAUUUUGUAACUAUUGUGUUAUUACUUAUUAAUUAUACAUAUUUGCCCUGACAUACUCAAAUGUGAAAAUUUUGUAGUCAUUUGAAUCUAAUUGGUAGGUAGUCAAGUCAAUUUAAGGAAUAAGGAACACCGGUAUAAGGAAUACUCAAGGGUCUAGCGGGACAUUACACUGAGGAGUAACUAAAUUUGCAGGGCCAGGUAAACCAGUUGAGUAUAUUAUUGUUUUAGGAAUUGCUUUAUAUGUUAUCAACAAAUAUUCCUUAUUCAGUGGUUAUUGCUUUCAUAUUAUAGUAUCCUAGUUUUAAGGGAUUCAUAACGAGAUAUGCAGACAGACUUCUUUGUAGCAUUAGUGAAAUUUCAUUCCCUUUUCCAUGUACGAGUAAGUCAGUCAUAGACAAAUGGAACUUUAAUUAUUAUUAAGUUAAGGCUAGUCUCAUUCAUGACAUUAGUCCCUAAAUAUUCUAAGUAUUAAUAUGAAGCAGUAUUGGUGUGAAAGUUGAUAAAAAAAUAUUUAAAAUUAUAUCUACCAUAUUAAUUGUAGAAUACUAAUAAAGUAAAGAGCCAAAUUACCUUUCCAAAAUUUCAAGAUGCUGUAAUGUUGUGAAGUCACUUCAUUAGGGAUCUUUAGGAGGAACCUUAACUCCGUUUGUUGCUUGAUCAAAUAUCUGCAUGCUCAUCAUGUGAGGGAAAUUUACAGAUAAAUGCAUGAAGGAUAAUCUCUUAGUACUAGAAUUAUCAUUUUUCAGUAAAUAAUGUAUUGAGUCAUAAUGAAUGGAAAUCAAUUAUGGGAAUCUUCAUUAUAUACUUUGGGAAUCUUCAUUAUAUACUUUCAUUAAAUGUUUUUACUCUUUUAUAGUUUUAGUUUUAUAGCUAUCUAAAAUGGUCUUUUUAUUUAUUUUAUUUUUUUGUUUUUUCUGCCCUCAAACACAGGCUUUGAGAAUAUAUAUUGCUUGCUAUUUCACUGCAGCACGAGAGGCAACUCAGAGGGAUGUAGAUCUAUCUUAUAAAAGGUUGAGCCAGGAACUAGACUCCUCAAAAAUAGUUUAAUCUAAAGCCUUUGUAAAAAAUGGUCACAUGGCAUAAUUUGGCUUUACUCUACCUGUAUACGACAGAAAUGGAAUCUCAUAACACAAUAAACCCUCAGAUAUUCACAUGGUAGCUCAGAACACUUGUGUAAGCAGCAAAGAAUGUGUCCAUGAGAACUAUAAGCUAUAAACUAAACUGAAAACUACAAAACUAAUUGUGGUACUGAUGGUAACGCUGAGAGGCAACUAGCUAGACAUGCCAACACACUGCAAAAGUCAGGAUCUUUCAUAAUUAGUGGCCGCAUGGCUGAGUUGUCCGCUGCUUAUCGAGAAUGUGAUGGUGCAAUAGGAAGUGUAUAUAACAUGAAAUAUGUGUCCAAGACACUCUUUUAAAAUUGAAGUCCUAUUUAAGUGAAACAUCAGUUUGUUAUUGGAUACUUAAUUCUAAAUAUACAUUAAAAAUGACUAACAAAAAUGUGAGGAUAGAGACUCCAAAAGGCUUUGUGACCAUCCUGAUGUGUUUAUGGCAAGAUCUAGUUGAAGGGGGCUAUAGUUCCUAACCUCAUCCUUCUGUAUAUUAGGAGCUACAUCUUUUAACCCAUUUUUUAUGACAUGACACAUACCUGCACUUUUAAUUCUUAUGUCAUGUAAGAGAAUUAUCUUUGGCCUGAUUUUGUAGUAUCACAUCCACUUCAAGGAUUCCCACUUCUUAAUUGCACAUUUUAGCACUGAACUUCUCGGUUCUUGAGCUACUGUUGUUCUCUCUAGCAGCUGCUAUUUCAGCAUUAACGAUUUAAAGUGUUCUGUUGAACUAUGUGUUGUCAUGUAUCACCGUAGCCCAUUGAUAUUAUUGUCCAGUGCUAUUCUGUUUUCCAUGGUUUACAAAUAGCUACACACCUAUAUAUAGCUGCAAUCAGUGUACUUUUAUGUGGUGAUGGAUCUCAAAUGUAGUUAUGAGUAUUUAAUUUGUGCAAUCUUUGCUUAACUAAGUUUAUAUAUAUAUAUAUAACUUUAUAUUAAAUGUACCAAUAGUAGGUAUAUACCAAGGGUGUGCUAAACGGAAAACGUCCAUCGAACUACCAAUGUCUGGUCCUGAGGUUAUUCAGUGAGUUUAUUCAAUAAAUAUAUGAAAGAUUCUUUCACUGGAAGUAAAAAUUAAACUCCGAACAACUGAAAACAGUGACAUUGGACAGCACUUCAAGAAUCUAGAUAUUUUUUUGUACUUCAUCAUUGACAAGUAUGGUAAAACUGCUGUAUAAAGCAUACAUGUAAAGCAUUUGAGUUUUUAUCUUAAUCACAAAAUCUGUUGGUGGGGUUCAAAAUAAUCACCAGUUGUGUUGAAUUCUUUCUUGUAUACUGCUGCCUAAGAAGUGUUUAAGAAUUUUGAUAUGUAGCUCUCAAGAAAGCAUUAUUAUUAAAAAAAACAUUAAUUAUUAGUAGAAAUGUUAUUUGUAAACAUGCAAUGCCAGUCAGAACGUUCAAAGUUCCAAAGUUGAUACCUUUUCUUUUAUCACUUCUGAUACCCAGCAAGUAGGUCAUAUCUGAAUAUAUAUAAAUGUGCAAUGUGUACUGUACUAUGCAGUAGAGUUAUAUCCUUUUUUAGGGAGGGUUGCUGCUGCCAUUGGUUUAAUAACUUAAUUUCAAGCUAUUAUGCAUUUCGGAAAUGAAAUAGAAUGAUGGUGUCCAAACAGGAAUUAAGGCUACAACUCGUGCUAGCACACUGAUAGCAGCAGUGGAGUGUGUUUAAGAAAAGGGAGGCUUGGAGGAGCCCUGCUUACCACUUUCUUUGGGACUGGUAUUAAUUGCUAAUGAAAAUUUUAUUACAAUGUUUGCCAAUUGUAGGUAAAUAAUGCUACAGAUUUGUGCUGUCCAUUUGGUAGAUGCAGCAGUACUAUGUACUUUUAUUUUUUCUUAGGGGGUCCAUUUAUACCAGAUAAUAAGGUUGUUAUAGUUUGAAACAAAUUUGCUCCACCAUUUAUACAUUAUUUUUCAUAAUUCAAGAAAUGAAUAAUUGUUUCAACUUCUGAACAUCUAGUCUGCCUGGUAUCUAGUGUGUAACAUGAAAAUACCUAAUGAAAAGUUUCCAGAUCGGAGCAGUUAAUAAGUAUAGGGUUUUUACAUAUUAAUUAGAAUGUGAAAAGCAAAUAAGAUAUUUUUAUAUGUCUGAAAGUGCCUUGUAUGAUUAAAAAGAAACAGUCAGCCAAGUAUAUUACUUUAAGAAUGCUUAAGAAAUAAAAGUCUUGCUGGUGCA